AUGAAUGUGACCGGGAAACAGCAACCUGAGCUGAUCGAGCGACCCGCCAGCCUUCUGGUUCCCACUUCGACAAAAUCUGGAAUUGCUUUGCUGUACAAUGAGGAGACCAACAAUACCUAUGAUGUCUGCCUGAAAUUGACCAAAGAGGUAUUAACCAUACAGAAGCUGGAUGUGGUUUGCACAAGUGGAAGUGAAACCCAAGUAAAUCACAGAACUGUUGUACUGCGAAGACAAGCGACUGGCGGUCUGGGCUUAAGCAUCAAAGGAGGCGCAGAGCACAACGUGCCAGUGGUUAUUUCAAAGAUUUUUAAAGAUCAAGUAGCUGAUCAGACGGGGAAGCUGUUCGUCGGGGACGCCGUGCUGCAGGUCAAUGGCAUAACAGUAGAACAUUGUACUCAUGAAGAAGUUGUUCACCUCUUGCGUACGGCGGGAGAUGAGGUCACCAUCACCGUUCGCUACCUGCGAGAAGUUCCAUCAUUUCUAAAACUGCCUCUAGGUUCUCCGGGGCUGGAUCACAGCCGAGUAUCCUCCCCGCUGUUUGACAGUGGCUUACAUUUAAAUGGAAACGGAAACAACACAGCUCCGUCGCCCCCUUCGCCCUCAGCUAAUGAACCAAAGUAUGAGAAGCGCUGGCUGGAUGCCGUCUGCCUGCCCUUGUUGAUGGCCAGAGUCUCCAGAUACAAAGCUGGCACAGAUAAAUUAAGGUGCAACUGUUUUGAAGUCUUUGCCUUGGAUGGAGCCAGCACCAAUAUUCUUCAAUUUUGCACCGCAGCAGAAAGCACAGACUGGCUUCAAGCAAUAUCUACAAAUAUCAAUGACUUGACGCAGGAGAACAUAAAGAUAGUGAACAAAUACUGCACUUCGGACGAUCAGAUCGUUCACAUGGGCUGGGCGUGUGAAAGCCCCGAGGGCAGCGCCGCUGGUCGAACUUCAGUAUUCAAGUUCCUGGCACUGAGAGGACCAUAUUUUUAUAUCUUCAGAAGUCCCCCGAUCAGUGCCGCUGACUGGGGACAAGCUGAAACAACGUAUAACCUCUAUGAGGUUCUUUUCAAGGUUCACAAGCUGUGGAUGGCGGAGGACUGCUGGCUCCAGGCGAGGCUUUACUUGGGGCUGGAGCAUUCACCUGAGCAGCAGGACAAUGAGUCUCUGUGCUUCAGUAUUCUGGUCGGCCACGGCCAGAGCCACACCUUCAGGGUAGAGCUGGCCAGUGACCUGGCUAUCUGGGAGAAGUCCUUCCAAAGAGCUGUCUUCUUGGAAGUGCAGCGAAUACGAUCCAAAAGCUACAUGUGCAGCAGCCAGGGGAAUGUACUAUGCUUCACCGUAGAUUUUGGAUCAGGCUUCACCUGCUCAGAAGGCACCUCGAAGAGCGUGCUGUGGCGGUACAAGUUCUCUCAACUUAAAGGCUCCUCUGAUGAUGGGAAAACCAGGGUAAAACUCCUUUUCAAGAAUGCUGAAAGCAAACAAAUAGAAAUGAAGGAACUAGAGUUUGCUAAUCUGACAGCCGUCCUCCACUGUAUACAUUCUUUUAUCGCUGCCAAAGUGGCCUCCAUGGACCCUCUCUUUAUGUGCAGUCAAAGCUUCCCUGGAAAUUACAUGAACAGUUAA